CUGAUCAGAUAGUGAAAAACACGCACACUGAAAACUCGCAGCUGACUUUAAGUUGGUCAGUUUUUUUUUGGGUCAAUACAUUCUCCAUCCAUUCGACCCACAAGUGGCAAAGCUCUGGAUUUAGCUAGACCAUUCUAGUUUUGACCAAGGCCAGGUUGCUUGCAGCUAUGCUAUAGACCUAGAAUCUAGAGUAACUAGAGUAGAUCUAGUCUGCCUACAUAGAAAAAAAAAAUAUAUAGAAUAUAUGAUUAUAUUAUAUACUAAUAUAGAUCUAGUGUCUCUAGAGACUAUACUAUAGUCACUAGACCUAUACUAUACUAGAUCUGUAGUAUAAAUCUAGAUCUAUAAAUACUAGUUUAAUAGAGUCUAGGUAGAUUUUGAUGAUCUAGAUUACAUCAUUUAGAUCAAGAGUCUAUAGUUAUAGAAGUAGAUACAGAUAGCUAUUAUCAGUAUAAGUAUAAAUAAUAAGAUCGUAGACUAGAGUCUAGAAAGCCAUAAAAAAAUGCAAAACUCCUCUCAGAUUGCCCGUGCAUUUUCAUUAUACAAAAAGCAUCACCGAUUAUUGUUGUCUGGUGAAAAGUGCAUAAAGAAAGAAAUAAAUUGCCAAUCACCUGUUGUUUAUCGUAACACAUGUAUUCGACUGAAUGCUACUGUAUCUAGUCAAUCUAGAUCUUCUUCGACAACUACACAAUUGGAUAAGUUAAUAAAACGUCACGAUGAUUUCUCUAGGCGUCACAUUGGCCCUAAUUCAAGUGAAAUUAAAACUAUGCUUGAAGUUGUUGGAGUGAAGAAUCUGGAGGAAUUAACCACCAAUGCAGUCCCCAAAGAUAUUUUACUCAACAGAGACCUUGCAUUAGAUGAACCACUUGGUGAAUUUGAGUUGUUGGAACGCCUCAAAGAACUUGCUUCACAGAACGAAGUAUGGAGAAGUUAUAUUGGACAAGGGUAUAAUGGUACUAACACACCUACCAGUAUACUCAGGAAUAUCUUUGAAAACCCAGGAUGGACAACCCAGUACACACCAUAUCAAGCAGAACUUGCUCAAGGCAGACUGGAAAGUUUACUGAACUAUCAGACAAUGGUGACAGACUUGAUGGCUUUGCCAGUAUCCAAUGCUUCCUUGCUAGAUGAAGGCACAGCUGCAGCAGAGGCUAUGGCUCUCUGCCAAAGGCAUAACAAAAGGAAAAAGUUUUUUGUUGAUUCCAAGUGUCAUAUUCAAACAAUAUCUGUAGUUAAAACCAGAGCAGACCCAUUGGGAAUAGACGUUGUGGAAGGCAAUUGGCAAGAUCUUGACUUAAGCAACAAAGACUUUUGUGGUGCUUUGGUACAGUAUCCUGACACGGAAGGAACUGUCAGUGAUUUCUCUUCAUUAGUACAACAGGCACAUAAAAAUGGGACACUUAUGGUGGCAGCCACUGACCUGCUUGCUGUGACAUUGAUGAAACCCCCAGGGGACAUGGAUUUUGAUAUAGCUAUUGGAACAAACCAGAGAUUCGGAAUCCCCAUGGGCUAUGGAGGGCCUCAUGCUGGCUUUUUUGCUUGCAAGGAGAAGUUCAUGAGAAUGCUUCCUGGCAGAGUUGUUGGCAUUACCAGAGAUGCAGCUGGAAGAAGAGCUUUGAGGUUAGCUCUGCAGACAAGAGAGCAGCACAUCAGGCGAGAUAAAGCAACAAGCAAUAUCUGCACAGCUCAGGCUCUCUUGGCAAACAUGUCAGCCAUGUUUGCCAUUUUUCAUGGGCCAAAGGGACUGCAUCACUUUGCACAGAAAGUACAUCAUGGAGCUCUUCUUCUUGCAGAAGGUGUGAAAAAAAGUGGUCAUACGUUGACCUCUACUGUCUUUUUUGACACUGUCAAGUUUCAGCCUAAAGAUGGAAUUGCUGACAUAAAGAGGAAAGCAGAAGAAAAGAAAAUCAACUUGAGAUAUUAUACUGAUGGGGAGGUCUCUGUAUCUCUGGAUGAAACAGUCUCACAAAAAGACAUUGCUGAUUUGCUUGAUAUAGUUGGAUGUUCUUUAUCAGCUAAUGACAUUGCUAAAGAAUUAGGAGAGAGGCCAUUAAACAGCUUAGAGAGAGGAUCCUUUGCUAGGACAUCUCCUUAUCUUACACACCCUGUAUUUAACAGCUAUCAUUCAGAGACUAGAAUAGUUCGUUACAUGAAAAACUUGGAAAAUAGAGAUUUAUCUUUGGCCCACUCCAUGAUUCCACUGGGUUCCUGUACCAUGAAGUUGAACAGUACAACAGAGAUGAUAUCUUGUUCAUGGCCUGAGUUUGCUGGACUUCACCCGUUUGUUCCUAAAGAACAAGCCAAAGGAUAUCACCAGAUGCUGAAUGAACUUGAGAAGGAUUUAUGUGAAAUCACUGGCUAUGACAGAAUAUCAUUUCAGCCCAACAGUGGUGCUCAGGGGGAAUAUGCAGGACUAAGAACUAUCAUGUCCUAUCUGGACUCUUUAGGACAACAACAAAGGAAGGUUUGUCUAAUUCCAGUCUCAGCACAUGGCACUAAUCCAGCCAGUGCCCAAAUGGCAGGCAUGAAAAUCCAGCCGAUCAAUGUUGACCGCAAUGGAGCAGUUGAUAUAAAACACAUGAAAGAAAAUGCUGAGAAAUACAAAGAAGAACUAGCAUGCUGCAUGAUAACUUAUCCUUCAACCCAUGGUGUAUUUGAUAAAGAUGUUAGAGAAAUUUGUGAUAUAGUUCAUCAUUUUGGAGGACAGGUCUAUCUGGAUGGGGCAAACAUGAAUGCCCAGGUUGGCAUCUGUCGUCCUGGGGACUAUGGUUCAGAUGUCUCCCAUUUGAAUCUCCACAAGACUUUCUGCAUACCACAUGGUGGAGGUGGACCUGGAGCUGGACCUAUUGGGGUGAAAAAACAUUUAGCCCCUUUCUUACCAUCACAUCCUGUGUUGCCACUAGAUGGCAUUGAUCCUAAAACAUCAUUUGGGAGUGUCUCAUCAGGACCUUAUGGAUCAAGUUCUAUUUUACCCAUUUCCUGGUCUUACAUCAAAAUGAUGGGUGCCAAAGGCCUUCGCAAAGCAUCUCAGGUGGCGAUACUCAAUGCCAAUUACAUGAGUAAAAGAUUAGCUGGUCAUUACAAAACUCUAUUCACUAAUGAAAAAGGUUUUUGUGCCCACGAGUUUAUCAUUGACUGCAGGGAAUUCAAAAAAGUAGCUAACGUUGAUGCCACAGACAUUGCUAAAAGAUUACAGGAUUAUGGUUUUCAUGCUCCUACAUUGUCCUGGCCAGUGUCUGGAACCCUGAUGAUUGAGCCUACUGAGUCUGAAGAUAAAAUGGAACUGGACAACUUCUGUGAUGCACUUAUCAUGAUACGCAAAGAAAUUCAUGCCAUAGAAGUUGGUCAAUGGAACAGAGAAUGCAAUCCUGUGAAGAAGGCACCACAUUCCCAAGCUGAUGUUUUGUUGGGCAAAUGGGAAAGGCCAUAUUCUCCUGAACUGGCUGUAUUUCCUGCUAUUUUUGUUCAGCCUGGUACUAAAGUCUGGCCAACAGUCUCUCGUAUAGAUGAUAUUUAUGGUGACCAGAACUUGAUCUGUACCUGCCCUGCUGUAACAGAUUAUGCAUCUUCUGAUGAAGACAAAAUGGACUCAUCAGCUCUGUAGGCAUCAGCUUCAUCAUGUUUUGUUUUAAAAGAUACCAGUGCCUUUGUUACCAUCUUCAAAUGUCGAAAUAUUGAAAUAUAUAACCUUGUAUUGAAUAAAACAGACUGAGACUUUACACUACAGCUUCAUCUACAACAUUUUGUAGAAUUGUUUAAUUCUUUGAUAUUAAUUUCUUAUAUUUGUGCAAUGUUUGAUCUUUUUUUUUAACUAGUUGACAAUCAGUUUUGACAAAAUAUAGACACAGAUUCUUUGUAAAAUUAUUCAAGUCAUUAAGGCUAAUAGUCAUUAGUCAUCUUUUUUUUUGUAGGUCUUCUAUAUUUGAUAAGCUAGGUUGACAUUGUCACACCAUAAAUAUAAUAGAGAGAUGUAGAUAACAAGACUCUGCUCCUAAGUAUUACAUUCACAAUUGUCUUUAAAGUUCCCAGUGGCUCUUCCUCAGUGCAAAACUUCUUAAAAUUUAGAUAUGUUAUAAUUAUUAGAUUUUUCUGAGAUUUUAAUAUAGCUUAAAGAAAUCAGAACUUAUUUUAGCCAGAAGUUAAUAACAACAUUGAUAUCACUCUUAGUAUUUUCACUUUAAAAAAAAAAGAUUCAUUUAAAGUUCUAAACAAAACUGAUCUGAUUUUUACAUUUUUGAAAAAGUUAUUUAAAGAUUAUUUUAAAGAAUUUUUUUUUCAUUUGUUUAGUCUUUACAUGUCGGUUGCAUAUUUUUAGGCAGCUAGAUCAUUUCUUCAUAUCAUGUAAAUAUGUUGACUUCUUAUAACCACUUAAUAUACACAGAAAUCCAGCAUUUUAAUUAAUUUACAUUAAUGGGUAAACAUUAUUACUGUUCCUUUAUUGAUGAAUCAUUUGUGCAAUGAAGUUAUAAAGAUAUUAUUGGUACAAAUUUUUGUUUACAUUUUAGAAUAUUUUUAUCUCUAAUAUCUUGGAUCUGCCAGGUAAUUUGAUAAAUUAAGAUAACAUAAGAAUUCUGUUACCGAGAAGCUGUUAAUAAUUAUGUUUUUUUUGGAGUCCACAUUUUUGAAUUGUAAGUUUUGAGUAUUUUCUAUUUUGUAAAUAGCCAAUGAAAUGUUACUGAUCUGGUUUAUUUUCAUCAACUUGUGUAUCUACAUACUCAACUAUUGUUCAUUCUUUUCAACAUUACUUUCUCCAUGAUUGAACUGUACUUGUUUAGAAAAUGACUGAGUGAUGUAUUUGUUUUGUCUGGGUCCUUUACUCUAUACAUUGAACGUAUCUACUAAACUUUAUGGCCUUUAUUGUUAGAUUUUGUUAAAUAUUAAACAAUUGUUUUCCAUCAUUGCUGUAAACCAAAUAAUUUAUUUGGCCUUGUUACUGCUGCAGAAUGCCAUCUCAUGAUAACAGUUGAAUAAACAUAAGUAAAUCUUA